AUGCCGGCCACCAGAAGGGCAGUCAGUAUCACUUACUAUGAGGUGCUUGGCAUAGAGAAGAGUGCCACAGAUCAGGAGAUUAGGAAAGCGUACAGACGCCUAGCCUUGAAAUGGCAUCCAGACAAGAACCCUGAGAACAAGGAAGAGGCCAAAAGAAAAUUCCAGGAGAUAUCGGAAGCCUACGAUGUACUCUCUGACAAAAAGAAACGGGAGGUGUAUGAUCUGUAUGGCAAGGAAGGUGUCCUGGGAGGAUCUCAUAGAGGCGAUGAUGACUUUGGGUUCGACUCUUCUGCAUUUGAUGGCUUCCACUUCCAGUUUAGGACUCCAGAAGAGAUUUUUAAAGAUUUCUUUGGCACAGAUGAUCCAUUUGCAAGUUUCUUUGGUGUUGCAAGGAGAAGUGGCAACACAUUCGAAUCAUCUUUUCCAGGGUUCCCCAUUGGGAACAGCUUCUCAUCGUCCUUCUUCUCUCAAGAUCCCUUUGGGGGCCGAGGGCUAACCCACUUCUCCAGUACAAGCUUCGGAGGUCCCACAAUCGGAGGCAACUUUCGCUCCACCUCAACCUCCACUAAAAUCAUAAAUGGGAAGAAAAUUGUCACCAGAAAAGUUGUGGAGAAUGGACAGGAAACAGUGAUGAUAGAGGAGGAUGGAGUUCUCAAGUCCAAGACUAUCAAUGGUGUGCAACAAGCCUUGGAUGGACCACCAUCCAAGGCUAGCAUCAGAGCCAAGUGA